CAUAGGCUGAUGUUUUUCCAGCGGAAUCGGACGACGGUAGGUGGCGUUCAUAACCGGUGUCAGAGGUUGUUCUGGUCUUCGCCUCCAGACGCUGCUCGCUCCGGUCGGACAUGGAGAAAGUUGUUCUUGUAACCGGCGCCAACAGCGGCAUUGGUCUUGCCCUGUGUGAAAGGCUGCUGAAUGAGGACAGCCAGCUUCGGCUGUGUCUGGCCUGCAGGAACAUGCAGCGGGCCGAGGCCGCCCGAGCCGCCCUCCUGACCUCUCACUCCAACGCACAUGUAGACUUACUGCACCUGGACGUGGGCUCUGUGCAGUCAGUGCUCACUGCUGCUCAGGAGGUCACAGCCAGAUACAACAGAAUUGACUUUCUGUAUCUAAAUGCGGGAAUUAUGCCCAAUCCACAAGUAGAUGUCAAAGCUUUGUUCAAGGGUUUGUUCUCCAGGAACGUCAUCAACAUGUUUGCGACAGCAGAGGGUCUCUUGACCCAACAGGACCAGCUCAACUCAGACGGUCUGCAGGAGGUUUUUGCCACCAACCUCUUCGGUCAUUUUCUCCUGAUCCGGGAGCUGGAGCCUCUGCUGUGUCUGGCAGGUCACACGUCCUCUAUCGUGUGGACCUCCUCGAGUAACGCCCGCCGCUCUGCCUUCAGCAUCGAGGACAUGCAGCACAGAAAUGGGACGGAGCCCUACAGCUCCUCCAAGUACGCAUCAGACAUGCUCAGCCUGGCACUCAACAGACACAAGAACAGCCAGGGGCUGUUCUCCUCCGUAAUAUGUCCAGGACUGGUGAUGACUAAUCUGACCUAUGGUAUUCUCCCCUCCUUCUUCUGGACCCUCAUCAUGCCUGUCAUGUGGCUGAUUAGGAUCUUCACCAACACGUUCACGCUCACGCCAUACAACGGAGCAGAGGCGCUGCACUGGUUAUUUGUACAAAACCCAGAGUCUCUGGAUCCAAGAGCAAAGUAUCACAGUUUAACGUCAGGACUUGGAACAAACUACACUCAGCCGCGACAGAUGGACAUCGAUGAGGAAAUGUCUGAGGUCCUCUAUUCAAAACUUAUGGAACUUGAGAAAGUAGUGAGAAAGAAAGAGUGAGACAAAUGCUGACGAGGACACUAAUGGACAGUACUUUUGUGAGAGAGUAAAUGUGAGUCGUAUACAGGGGACAGUUUUGCUUUUGGGACCAUUUGCACUUUAUGAUGAACAACAACAAACAUGAUCUUAUUAUUUUAAUGAUUGCAAGUUGUACCAUUGACUCGUGUUUCUUUACUGUCUGUAACACUCAAAGACCGUUCAUUUAUAGCCCAACGUUAGCUUCUAACUGUUUUCAUUCGCAUUUCAAAAAUCAUAAAAGUGUUUUUUAUUUGUGAAGAUUAUCAUGGUGAACAAAACAUGCAAUUAUCAUAAACUUGUUUGCCUCAGAGCCUUUUUUUUUCUUCAAUAUUCUUAUAUCCAUUGGAAAAGUCUGAUUGGCUUUUUGUAGGCCAACUUCUGGGGGCUGUCCUCCAAAAAUAAAUCAUCCCUGCAACAAGA